GAAGGAGUUCUGGGUUCAAUGACUAUAUUAGCCCUUAUUUUUCAAUAUAAGUAAACGCUUGCCCAAGCUCUAAAACACAAACCACUCUACAAAAACGUCUUCCCCUGCAUUGAGACAACCAUGUCCCUGCCUUUCAUAUUCCUUGUUUCAUUCUUUGCUUUCAUUGCUCAUGCCCAGGUUCCAGCAAAUGAAACUUUCAAAUAUGUCAAUGAAGGAGAAUUUGGGCAAUACAUUAUAGAAUAUGAUGGAAACUAUCGUCCGCUCGAUACUUUUAAAUCCCCAUUUCAACUUGCUUUCUACAACAUCACCCCCAACGCCUACACUCUUGCUCUGCGCAUGGGUUUGAGGCGUUCGGAAUCACUCAUCCGUUGGGUUUGGGAGGCCAACCGGGGGAACCCGGUCGGCGAAAACGCCACCUUCACAUUCGGGACCGAUGGAAACCUUGUCUUGGCCAAUGCCGAUGGUCGAGUAGCUUGGCAAACCAACACCCGCAACAAAGGUGUGGUAGGCUUCAAGUUGCUCUCAAAUGGCAACAUGGUGCUUUACAACUCAAAGGGUAACUUUGUUUGGCAAAGUUUUCACUACCCAACAGACACUUUGCUGGUAGGCCAAUCUCUACGAGUUGGGGGCGUAACCAAGCUAGUGAGCCGGGCUUCAGAGACAGAAAACAAAGAUGGAUCUUAUAGCUUCGUGAUGGAGCCAAAACGUUUGGCUUUGUACUACAAGAGCAAGAACUCCCCAAAGCCAAUAGUCUACUUCACAUCUUCAAAAUUGAUAGAUGUUGGCAAAGGCUCAUUGGAACAUGUGACAUUGAAUUGUUACCCGGUAAGUAGUGAUGAUUCUGCUUAUGACUUAGCCUUGUUGUAUGAACCGGGCAACUCUAUCUCAGGUUUUAAUCUCGUUCUAGCUACAACCAAAUACAACGGCACAUCAUCAUUCCUCAGGCUUGAAAUUGAUGGAAAUUUGAAGGUUUACACUUACUAUAAUAAGGUGAGGUAUGGUGCAUGGGAGGUCCCCUUCACUCUUUUUGAUAAAGAUUCAAUAUUUGAAGUUGGGUGCCAAUUGCCGGAGCGAUGCGGGAGCUUUGGCCUUUGCGAGGACAACCAAUGCGUCGGUUGCCCUACGCCUAAGGGAGUAGUGGCGUGGAGUGAGAGUUGUGAGGCUGAGAAGCUAACUUCUUGCGGGGCAAAGAGCUUCCGCUACUACAAAGUUGAAGGGGUUGAUCAUUUCUCGAGCAAGUACAAUGAGGGAUAUGCUAUCAAGGAGACUGAUUGUGGUAAGAAGUGUACUUUGGAUUGCAAGUGUUUGGGAUACUUCUACAACCGAGAUACGUCAAGGUGUUGGAUAGCUUAUGAUUUGAAAACCUUGACCAAAGUUGCCAAUUCAACUCAUGUGGGUUACAUCAAAGCUCCUAAUCAUUAAUUUAUAAGAGCUGGAUUUUUAUUUUAUUUUUUCCAUUAAUAUCCGGAAUAUAAUUUCUGUUCUUAGAAGUUGCUCUGUUUCUUUCUUUGGCUCAACUUUUAAUAAAACUAUGGUGAUGAACUGUAGUUCAUAACUUAUUUUUGUUU